AUGGCCGAGGUGGAGUGGGGGGGUGGGAGUCGAGCAAACAAGGGUAAGGCAUGGGCGAAUAUAAAAAUCGCAGUUGAAAAGGAGGGGGCGUACGGAUGGGCAGUAGCAGGUAUGCUGGCACGACGGUGUGGGCAAGGCUCGGGCACAGCCGGCUGA